AUGGCCACUAAGUUCGCCAUCCGUCUGCACAACCGCUACACAAUCCUCAAGGCCAAGGCCAAGGGUCUCCGCCUCGGCAGCAACAGCAGCAGCAGCAGCAGCAGCACAAACGGCGGCCAGAAACAGUGCCUCUGGUGCAGGAUCCUCAGACGCAAAAGCUCUGAGCCCUUCAUGAAGAACGCAGACAUUCACGAAUGGAUGUCCUCGGAUGAGACCCUUAUCGACCACCAACCGGAGAUGCAAGUAAUCCAAGACCUCAGUGGCAACUUCAACCCCGAAGAGAAAUUCCUCUUCCGCGAAGGAGCUGUGAGUCGCCUCUCAGUCAGGUCCAACGCACCCUCCAGCGUCUACUCUUCAGACGACACCUGCGUCGACAGCGACGACAAGAACAAUAACAACAACAGCGAUGACGACAACGACUGGUCAUCCUCGGUCUGCUCCAUUGGCGAAGAGGGAGAGGAGGAAACCUUCUACGACGCAGAAGACGGUCUCCCAGAGCCAACUAGAGACAUGGUCCCGCUGCCGUCAACGUACUCCCCCUUCGCAUCAGACCUCCCCAGUCUCCCGUCCGCGUACUGCUCCCUCUGUGCGUUCUAG